AUGUUUAAUGAUAAAUCAAGAUUUAUAAAAUCAUCUACCCCUCUAUCCAACUCUUCAAAUUCUUUAUCAAUCCAAAAUCAAAAUCAAAGUCAAAGUCCUUCAACAAACACAAAAUCUAUUCUAAAUAAAAAGAGAUCUAUUAGAACUUUGAAAGUAUCUUCUUCACAAUCCUUCACUUCUUCUGUAACUCCAGGACCUCCAUCUUCCCGAGCUAAACAUUCAAAUUCAAAUUCAAAUUCACAUUCAACCACAACUGCAACUAGCGCUCCUACAACUUCAAAUUCUUCAACUUCAAAAUUAUCAUUUUUUAAGAAACUAGCUGUUGAAUUUAAUUUAUUCCUUUUCAGAUUAAGAUCUAUAUCUGAAGAAGUAUUUACAACUGACGAAUUAGUAGCUGAUUUAUUCACUGAAGUAGAUUCUGACGAUCAGCUUGAUAGAUUAGUUCGUCAUUCAAAAGGUUAUAAUUCAAUGGAAGAAACUUUUCUACAAGAAUUUAAGAAGUUUAAAAGUUUAGAUAAAAUGGUUGAAUAUCAUCAACAAAAAAGUCAUAAUAAUCAACGUAUUGGUACAAGUAAUAAUAACAAUACUUCAACUGAUGUUAAAUCUUCAACAACUCUUAUAAGUGAUGGUCAAACGAAAUUGAAUUAUACUUUGCAAGAUUUCAUACGACAAAGUUUCACUCCUGAACAAGAAGAAAAUGUUGAGGAUGGAGAUGCAGAUGAUGAAGAUAAUAUAAAUAAUGGUGAAGAUUUAUUAGAUAUUGAAAAUAUUGAUGAUAUUACUUAUCAUGAUCUUGAUGUCUAUGCUUUAAAGCAGGAACUUGAAUCUCAAAAGAAAAGUAUUGUCAAUGAUGCAUCUAUUAAUUUAGGGUUGACACUUUGGGAAUUCAGAAGAAAUAAAUGGCUUCAAACUUCAAGUGAGAAUGAACCUAAGAUUCAAGCUCGUAUUGAAAGUCUGUCUAUUAAUCAUAUCCCUAAGGAUUCAUAUGUUAAAAUUUAUAAUAAUCUUGUUGAAAAGAAUCGUACUUUGAGGAACGAUAAAAAGAUUAAUUUGGGGGAUUUAAUCAAAAUUAUUAAUGCUGGAUGGAUAGCUGAAGAAAAAUGGGAAAGAGCUGCUAAAGGAUUACCAUAA